CGAAUAUACAUUUGAAGAUAUAUUAAUAUAUAAUAAGUUGUGGGUUAUAUGAUGAUAGAUUUCACUUACAAGGAUCUUAUAGACGUGGCCAUUGGCUCACCGGAAUCGGGUCACGUAAACUUCUAUGCUCUCCAUGUGCUGCUCUCGAACUUUGCGCAGAAACUGGAGUGUCUGGACGAGGUUGUGGAACAGGAUGAUUACUUGUUGGCCAACAUGCGAUUUCAGAGCAGCCUGAUUGGCAAGUCUUCCAGAUAUCGUCUGCACGCUGGUGGUGAUGAUGAAGAAGUUCCGACUGAGGUGCCCAGCGAGCCGGUACCUCCGCCUGCAAAUCCAGCAGCAGAGCCUGAUGCAGCUGCACCACCGCCAGAGGCACCACCAGCAGCAGCUGAGGAGACAGCAAGUGCCUCACCAGCUGCAGCGGAGACGGAUGUCGCUCCGACUCCUGUGACUGAAGCACCGUCGGCACAGGCGACAACUCCAGCACCCGAGGAAGCGGAGCCAGUGCCUAACCCGACACCACAGCCGGAACCGGAGGCGGAACCAGCUACAGCAACCGCCUCACCGCCUCAGAUUCCCUCUCGUGCCUCCUCGCGCACCUCGAAGCUGGAUAAGACACCAUCGCGAGCUGAAGGUUCCAUGAUUGGUUCCCUGGCAAAGCUGGAGAGACGCAUCUCCAAAGUAGAGCUGCAAAAGGAGCAGAAGGAAGUGGAGUUCCAGAACUACUUUACAGCUAUGACGGGACAAUUGAAGUUGACCAUGGAGCAGCUAAACAAUGUGACCCACUUGGUGCUCGAUCGCAAACCAAAUCCGGAUCGAAUGAAGCUGCUGCGACACAUUGCACGACAGUUGCGGGUCCUGAUGCGUGUGGCGGAUGACGAGGUGUCCAUCAGCUGGAGCAGCGGCGAGGCAGUCGUCGAGGAGCUGGAGAACGAGGAAGAGGAGGAAGGGGAGGAGUCUGCCCCGGAAGAGUCCAGUACGGUCACAGAGGUGGCCAAGCCGGAGGAGGAACUGGAACUGGAACAACAUCUGUGCUACUCCCCGGAACGCAUGCUACAAGAACUCCUGGAGCUCAAAUCUGAGUUCUGUUCCCUCACCAACAAGGUGAACGAACUGGCCGCCGAACUCCUUAAGCAGGAUGCCAAACGUUUGAUGGAAAUGAUGCAGGACAUGCAGAUGACCGUGCGGGACGUGAAGCUGGGAGCAGCCUCCAAUAACGAGGCAAACCAAGGCAUGCAAACCAAGUUGAACACUGCUCUCCACCAGAUCUCUUCAUUAAAGAACUCGGUGGCUCAUCUGGAUGACAUUAAGAUUGAUAAGGCGGAUGUGGAGCUCCUGCUGGCCGAGAAGGUCGACUUUCCACAGCUGGCGACAAAGGUGUCCCUGGAGCAGCUGGAGGAGUAUAAAGAGCGACUUGAGAAGCAAUUCUGCGAAGUGCGUUACAUCAUCAAUGUCAACGAGAAGAACGUCCUGCAAAUCAUUGACGGACUCCGCAUGACCCUCGGCAUUGACUCCCUCGAGUUGAGUCUUAAGGAUUUCCGGGAAAUGAUCGAGAAGCGAGUCGCUCUCAUUGCCGAGGCCCUGCACAAGUAUAUGGAGAUGACGAAUGAUGACUGUGCUGCAGCUGCUGGACGAGUCAAGGUCAUGCAGGAUCUAGCCUGCAUCUCCUGCGACACUCCCUGUGUCAUGCGCACCAUGGAGCGCUCCAAGCUGCCCGUUCCCGCCUCUGCCCAUGCCUCAACGAGCCUUGGUCCCUUGGUCACCUAUGAACUGGGCCAAAUCCGUAAAUCCGGCAUCAUGGGUUACUAUCGCAAGGAUGAGUUCCCCCAUUCUACCAAUGCCUGGACCCAAGGACUCGGCACAGUGCCUGUCAGCAAAUGUGUGCCACGUCAUGCCGGAGGACUUCACACCAUUCACACCGCCGAUGAGCACAUGCAGAAGGUUGUGCUCUCCAAGAAGAAUACGGGUUGGGUUUAGGCCUCAGUUUCGGGCCAGUUGGACAUGUCUAUAUUCUAGUUAGAACUGCAAGUAUCUUUACUUUAAAUUUAUGACAAUUCAAUGAAAAUCCACCAAGUGCAACAGAUUGCUAAAUGGGAGUUAUGUUGCCUCCCUGUGGCCCAAUCUCAAGUCUUGAACAAAAACAAAAAAUAAAAUACUCUUUGGAAUAAUUUAAACGUGAUGUGUUACCAAAAUAAUAAAUCCUCAAUUACAAACACUUAA